GUUCAUACUUUAUAGGCCCCAUUUGCAGUCUCGCAAUUUCAUGGACGCCCUACUCGCCUUCUGGCCUGGGCUACAAGUCCUGCUGGGUGACGUUAGACCUGCAGUGGAGACACACGAAAUGCUGUAUCAGGUCAUGCAAAGGCACACCUUUAUUCCGGAAGCGUUUACAUCAGAUUUUCAGGUACACUGGGGUCAGCAUCCGCUCAGGCCAGAAUUCCUCGAAUCGACGUACUUCCUUCACAGAGCGACGGGUGACGAUCAUUACUUGCACGUCGGCAAGACCGUAUUGAAAGCAUUACAGCAAUACACGAGAGUACCGUGCGGCUAUGCAGCGGUCAACGACGUACGAACUAGAGUACACGAAGACAGAAUGGACUCUUUUGUAUUAGCUGAGACGUUUAAAUACCUUUACAUGCUCUUUGGUGAAGACAGAGAUUUACCCGUGAAACUGGAGGACUACGUUCUUACCACAGAGGCUCAUUUUCUACCGCUUUCUUUGGCUGCAGCCGGUAAAAAUGCCACUUACUUCACAUUGAGAAUAGACGACGACGACGAAGAUAAAUAUAGGAAGACAUGUCCAAAUACGGCGUCUCUAGUAGCGGAGAAAGUCCGUCAGCCGAUGCGUCAGUUGCUCGGCUCGACCGCUGCCCGCCCGCCGGCGAGACUGCGCCCGCUCAACGACCCGAGACAGAUACACGCGCUGUCCGACAUGGGCAUAUCAGUACUCACCUUGCCCGACGGCAGAGUGCAGCUACUCUACACCACGUCCACGGCGAAAUCCGCUAAAGACGCAGCAGAAGGGCUGACCUUCAUGCGCGAAAUGUCCAAAUGGAAUUCAUUGAGCGACAUAGACAACGGUGUUGUGCCAGUCGGCGUUAAAGUAGAAGACAAGAUAUUCCCCGCUGGGCCCGGCCACUUUGGUCGCGAGAUAACUGGCGACGACCAUCUAACUGGGACCAUAGUGUUCGCCGUGCCCUCCGACGCCUGCACUGAUAUAAAAAACAGGGACCAAGUCGUAGGAAAGUUCGCAAUUGCCAGUAGAGGGCAGUGUACGUUCGCACAGAAGGUACGCAAUAUGCAGAACGCUGGUAUCAAACUCGCCAUUAUAUUAGACAACGUAGCUCAUUCCACGCACGAGAAUACCGCCUUGUUCGCUAUGUCCGGAGAUGGCAAAGAUGAUAUCGAAAUACCGGCGGUAUUCCUGUUCUCCGAAGAAGGCAAGUACUUAACCGAUAUGGCUCAAGCUCAACCAGAACUCACAGUGACUGUAGGUGAAUUGAAAUCUCUAAAGAAAAAGUAUGAAAAAAAUUGUGAAGAGGACGGUUGCGAAACAAUCGUGGAAUCUUCAGAGGUCGCUUCAGAUAAGGAAUCUUUUGAUCAUCUCAAAAAAGUACUUAGCCAGUUAGUCGCGCAAUUCGAGUUGUCUCUUUCUAAUGAGGAGCAAGCAGCUCAGAAAAUGUGCAACGACAAUAACGUGGACGUUUACCUCUCGAAGGAUUCAUUUUUAAAUGAUGACCUCCGCAUCGACAGCAGGCCUGUUUGUACGGAUGAAAAAAAAAAUAAAAAUUCCAAAGAAGAGGCAAAAGAAAAAAGUACCAUUACAGAGACACCUGGUGAUUUUUGACAUCACGAGUACCGGUUUCGAGCAAAACUGUAAAUAAACCGCUGUAAAAUGUGAAGUGUAAUAAUAUGUAAAUAUUAUUGUAAGUGAGUACUUUACGAAAUAGAUUUUCGUGCCUUUCAAUAUUGAUUAAUUAAUUUUGUUUUUUUUUUUAUAUAUAAAUUGUACCAUCGUACACACCAAUAUGAUGGUUAUACGAAAAGAUAAUCUUUUUUAUAAAAUAGUUAAAGUUUUUGUACUUAUAUCGUUCUACAAUAUGUACAUUUUAUGGGUCUCUAUAAGUGUUUUGUAUCGUCAUGUCUUCCGAAUACACACACAGAUUACUU